AUGUCCGCCGCCACAGACAAGGCACGGUUCUUUCUCGAGAAGUCGGUGCCCGAGCUCAAGGAGUACGAGCGCAAGAAGCUUUUUACCAAGGAUGAAAUCACCUCAAUCGUCAAAAAGCGGUCCGACUUUGAGCACAAGAUCAAUGCGCGCGGUGCGGCAUCCGUCGAUUUUGUGCGAUAUGCCGAGUACGAGAUGAACCUGGAAACCCUGCGCAAGAAGCGAGUAAAGCGACUCGGCCUCCGGUCCGCUGGACACAGCGGCCAACGGCGCAUUUUCUUUAUCCUCGAUCGCGCCACCCGCAAAUUCCACGGGGAUCUCAACCUCUGGAUCCAAUACAUCGAAUAUGCGCGGAAACAGUAUUCACACAAGAAGCUGUCCAUCAUUUUCACAGACGCCCUGCGGUUCCACCCAACCAGCGCGGAGUUAUGGGUCUACGCCGCCAAGUACGUUCUCGAUGACCAUGCAGAUAUGUCCCAGGCCCGGAGUUAUAUGCAGCGCGGUCUCCGGUUCUGCAAGAGCUCAAGGAAUCUUUGGAUCCAAUAUGCCAAGUUGGAGCUGAUCUAUAUCUCCAAGUUGGUUGCUCGUCAACGGAUAUUGGGACUGGACGAGGAACGGCCGACACAGACUCCCGAGGCUGCGGAUGACAAGGACGCCGAUAUGAUCGCGCUCCCCGAGAUCACCGGCGAAGACAUCAACCCGACCCGUAACGAUAGUGAAGUCGACCAGGAAGCACUGCAAACCCUGAAUGCCACACCGGCACUGACCGGUGCGAUCCCCAUGGCCAUCUUCGAUGCCGCCAUGAAGAAUUUCCACAACGACGACCAAUUUGGGGCCGAGUUCUACGAGAUGGUGCUGGAAUUCCGGGAUGCACCGUGUCUGCGCACAAUUCUCGAGCACGUGGUGGACACGAUGCGGGCACAUAAGCCCACCAGCCCCCGUACGCAGAUCUGUUACAUCAAGUUCCCGACCGUGGGUGUUCAAAUCACGUCGGUGGAGUUCCCACGAGUCCUUGGCAGUUCGCUGGCCCGUCUCAAAGAGUCGCCUCUGACCCCCGACCUGGCACGGGAGGUGGUGAGCUGGUUGCAACCUGUUGCAGAGACGGAGGACCUGGAUCCUUCGCUGAAGAAGGUCAUUCUGGCCACCUUGCGCAAUGCGGAGCGCGCAUCAUCGGAGUAA